AUGGAGUAUUCAGUACAUCACAAAGAUUUUGCUGAUAGAAUUCAUGAAAGAAAUGGUCAAUCAAGACAUCAUCGUAGUAAAGAUAAUUGGGUUCUUAUUAAAUCAACUAAAAAUUAUGUUACUAACAAGGAAGGAAAAGUUGCAAGACAAUAUAAAAGAAAAAAUGGUAUUUGUAGUGAGGAACCAGAAUUAAGUCGUGAAUAUGUUAGAGAUCCAAGAAGAUAUAGUGAUUAUAAGUCAAAUAAUCUUCAAGAUGGUUUAUGGCCAGUAACAUUUAAAAAAAUUGAUAAUAAACAUGUUGGUCUUCCACCAAUAAGAGAUGUUUCUAUAUUUAAUUUAAAUGAUAAUUGUUCUGAAGACUACUUGAAAAAAGAAUUGAAUGGAUCUCCUCCAAUGACAGAUUUAAGAAUUAUAUACCAUCCUACAACUGGACGGCAUAUGAAGAUGGCAGUUGCAUCUUUUGAUAGUCAUGGUUGUGCAAAGUAUUUUGCUGAAAAAUUUAAUAACAAAUCUAUUCUUGGAGAAAACAUUAAAUGUUUUCGCGAUUUAUGUGCUUUUGGGUUAUCCCAAAAAUAUGAAAAAAUUACGGGUGAACCUCUUCCUUUGUUAAAAAAUAUGGAGAAACUUAAAAGUAUGGAAAUUAUAAAUCAAUGGAAGUCUAUGUGGCUUGAAAAAACAAAACCUUCUGAAAAAGAUGUUUCAGAGAAGGUUUCUCCUACUAAAACAGAUACAUCUUCCUCUAGUAAAAAUCAGCUACAUGUUUCAACAUCUAAUAAUAGUAUAAGAAAACGAUCUUCCUCUCCAAAUGAUAGUCAUAUUAAAUCAUCUAAAAGAAGAAGAACUCCAGAAAAAGAUAUAACACCAAGAACACCUAUUCAAGAUUAUGAAUAUAAUUCAAGGAGGAGGUCGCAUUCAAAUUCCAACAGUGAUAGUGACCGUGAUCACAGAUUGUACAAAAAGAAUCGAACAUGUAGAUCUUAUUCUAGGAGGUUAAAAAGAAAUAGAAGUCCAUCAUAUGAAAGUGACUAUGGAUCUCAUCGGAAAUCAAGAAAAUGUAGUUCUUCUUUUAAGGAGAUUGAAGAAAAAGUGGUAAUUUCAAAUGGUGAUAAAAAUUUAGAAACACCAAAUGAUUCUAAUAGUAUUCAUGGAACUGGAUUGGCAAAUCGUUUGAAAAUGCUUUUCCCUCAAAGAUUUCAAGAACAAGAAGUUAAUGGAUCACAAACACCAUCUACAUCAAAUGCUUCAAGUAUUGGAAAUAACAAUGAAAACAAUCGACCAAAAAUAUCGUUUUCUCUUAAUAUGUCUAGUCAAGAAUUAGAACAAAUUAAAACGAGUGUUUCUACUAACGAUGAAUUAAGGAAUGGUGAAGAAUCGGGUACACAAAAAGAGGCAGAUAAAGGAGAAGAAUUAGGGAAGGUAAUUCAAAAAUGUGUUAGUAAAAUUCCUUUGAAUUCUAAAGAGUUUCUUCAAAAAUUUAAUAUAAAGUUUGAAGAAGUAGUGAAUGCCAAAAUUAACAAAUCAUUGGUCAGUCUAGUUCAUGAACUUAUUGACAAAGAUUUUGAUGAUAUUUAUGAAGAUUACAUGAAAUCGUUGAAAAAAUCAGAUGAUUCAAAAAUAGAAACUCGUGAUACUAAGGCACCUAUUAAUUUUCUAGCAGAAAAAAUUAAAACAGUUAGAAAGGUUGACUGGAGUUUAGUUUUAAAAAUUCCCAAAAUUCAAAAAAUUGAUAAAGAACUUACUAAGAAAAAAAAAGAAAAAGAAAAGGAACGAAAAGUUUCAUCAAAUGAUAAGAAGAAGGAUAAACCUGUUGUAAUUAAGAAUAAUAUACCUUCUCCAUUAUCUGAAGAGGAAAAUGAAAAGAAACUUAAUAUUCCUAUUAUUGGUGUGCCAAUAUCUCCAGACGAUGAUGAUGUUUUCAAAGAACAAGAAAAAUUAUUUGACAUUGAUUCUGAUCCACCAAGUAUUGCUUCUGAUAAAAUUUCUUCUUUAGAAAGUGAAUCUGCACCAAUACCAUCUACAUCUACAACGAGAUCAUCAACUGCUCUCAGUAGUUACUAUGAAGAUGAUGGUGUUGGAAGUGUGAAAAUUGGUCAGAAUUAUUCUGAAACGGCUUAUGAUGAUUUUGGUGUUGAUGAGUUAAUGGCAAAUAUUGUUGACAAUGACUUUGAAGCUUUUGACGAUAGGCGUUUUAAAGUUUUAUCUAAAUUUAAUCCUAACAUUCCAAAAAUUAAAAUUCGUAAUGCACCACAAAGGAGUCAAGAGGAGAAACUAAGGAUAUUAUCAUAUUUUGAAUGUGGAUUUGCAGAUGAUGAAGAUCGUCUUUUCUUAAAGGAUGUUUUGGAAGAUGAGGAUAUCAUUGAUAUUGUAAAUGCAUUAAAAGAAUCAGGUAUAAAAAUGUGUUUUAUUCAAGCUCCAAAGAAUUAUUUAAAGCCUAUUGAAUUUGCCAAACCAAUUAAAUUUAAUAACGAAAUAUUUUUUUAUAACGACCGUAGUCUUGGAAAUAUAUUGCCAACUUUAGGUGGUUCUUCUAAACUUAGUAUACAUAAACGUGGAGUUAAAAAAUAUAGAACAUUAAUAAGACAAACAGAUUGUUAUAAAGCACAAUUUUCAAAAGAUGAAGAAUCAGCAUCACUAUUGAAAAAAAGUAAAAAGAGGGAAGAGAAAAGUUUACUUCGUCAAACAGUUGUUGAAAAAGAAAGAUUUGCACCAGUAUCUAAAAAAAACCAAUUAAAAUAUAGAAACAAGAUGACUCAAUUUAAGAAGUCGCAUAUACAUGGAUAUGGAUUAUUUGCUUUAGAAGAUAUAAAUCCCAAUGAAAUGAUCAUAGAGUAUGUUGGUGAAAAGAUCCGUUCUACUGUUUGUGAUGUACGGGAGAGAGCUUAUGAACGCCGUGGAAUGGGAUCAUCAUACUUUUUCCGUAUCGAUGAACAAUGUGUCAUUGAUGCAACAUUAAAAGGUGGUGUAGCUCGAUUUAUCAAUCAUUGUUGCGUACCAAACUCUUAUGCUCGUAUUAUUUCAGUAGGAAAAGAUCCACGUAUUGUUAUCUACUCAAAACGAUUGAUUAAAAAAGGCGAAGAAAUUACAUAUGAUUACAAAUUUCCAAUAGAAGAUGAAAAGAUCCCAUGCCUUUGUGGUCAUCCUGGGUGUAGAAAGUUCCUAAAUUAA